AUGGCUUGGGGCCUAAAGCAGGAAGUCACGGUGGUUGGGGCAGAGGAUUCCAGAGGCGACACAGUUUCUCCAACCUCGCGUAUUUCGCGCCUGCACGAAUGGUGUCAACCGUUGAGAUUUGACCAAGUGGUCUCCCAGCAGACUCUCAAAUCAAUCGAUAAAGCUUCACGUAUAUCUCCAGCAGGAUGUGAACGAGAGGAGACGGUGUGA